AUACUCACUGAUGAACUUGUGCUGAUCCAGAGAGAGACCACUCUUGAUCCUGACAACCAAAGUGCACAUUGUAGAGUUCUGACGCUUACACGCCACCAGCAACAAUGUCGGUAGGGGAGUUUACAGCUAGUAAUAUAGCAAUGGACAUGGAUGAAAAGGAUAAGAACAAGGCUGGGACGGUGGACAUGGCAAAGCUUACAAGCGAUAUUGCUGCUCAAAAGGAGCUUGCGGGAAAGGGCCAAUUGACACAAGCGGUGGAGGGGUUACUUAACUUGGAGAAGAGCAGCCGUUUGGCGGAGGAUAUAACCGCGACUAAGGCUUGCUGCUCAGCCAUUUUGGACGUUUGCCACGAGGCAAAGGACUGGCGAGCGCUAGAGGAGAAUGUCAUGCUUCUGACAAAGCGGCGAGGCCAGCUGAAGCAGGCCAUCCAAGCGACUGUACGGCAGGCCAUGUCGUACAUCGACGCCAUCGAAGACAAGGACACGCGUGUGUCGCUCAUCAAGACGCUGCAGGCGGUCACGGAGGGAAAGAUCUUUGUUGAGAUUGAGCGCGCACGUCUGACCCGCCGCCUGGCCGUCAUCAAGGAGGCGGAGGGCAAGGUGGAGGAGGCGGCGGACAUCCUGCAGGAGGUGGCGGUGGAGACGUUUGGUGCGAUGGCCAAAACGGAGAAGAUCGCCUUCAUCCUGGAGCAGGUCCGCCUCUGCCUGGACAAGAAGGACUUCAUUCGCGCGCAGAUCCUGAGUCGCAAGGUGUCCCCUCGUGCCUUCGUGGAGCGCAAGGGCGAGGGGCAGGGCGAGAUCGGCAUCGAGGGAACCGCGAUUGAGGAGGCGGAGAAGGGCACCCCCUCCCUGUCCGCCCUCAAGCUGCGCUACUACCAGCUGCUCAUCCGCUACCACGCGCACAACAACAACUACCUGGAGGUGACCCGAUGCUACCGCGCCAUCUACGAGGUGCAUGCGGCCGCGGAGGACGCGGACAAGUGGAAGCCGGUCCUGAAGGCCGUGUGCUGGUACCUUGUGCUCUCACCCGCCUACUCCACCCCCCAUGGCAGCAGCAGCGACCGCACCACUCUGCUCACAGCGACCAUGCAGGACAAGAAGCUGUCGGAGCUGCCCGGCCAUAAGGCCCUGCUCACCACCUUCACCACCUCCGAGGUCAUCCGCUGGGCGGCCUUCGAGGCGCAGUUCGGGGCGGAGAUGGCGGACGUGGCAGAGGAGGUGUUUGCGGACCCCCAGCGCCGCUCCGACCUGCAGCUGCGUGUGGUGGAGCACAACGUCCUGGUGGCGGCAAAGUACUACAGCAGGCUGCGGACCGCUCGGCUGGCGGCGGUGCUGGACCUGACGCAGGAGAAGAUGGAAAAGCACGUGGCGGAUCUGGUGGUGUGCGGCGCCAUCCGAGCCAAGAUGGACCGACCCUCGGGGGUGAUCACCUUUGCGCCCGCACAGCGGCCCGAGGAGCAGCUCAACGGCUGGGCGGGCAACAUUGCCCGCCUACUGGGCCUGGUUGACAAGAGCUGCCAGCUGAUUGAGAAGGAGGCCAUGGUGCACAAGGUCGGACUGGCAACCGCGUCGUGAGGCAGGGGCGGGGCGGGGCGAGGCAGGGGGAGGCGGGAGACAGGAGGCAGGGGGAGGCGGGAGACAGGAGGCAGGGGGAGGCGGGAGACAGGAGGCAGGCGGAGGGUGAGCCUGGCAGCUGCGUCGUGAGGCGGCAGGCGGGUGGCUGGGGGAAGGGCAGGAGGAGGGCAGGCGGAGGGUGUGUUUCCUUGUUCGGAUUGUGUGUGGGGGACGGGUGUUUGUGGAGGUGGAGAGGGUUGCACAUAGGAGAGCAGCGAGGGAGGUGCAUGGGCUGCUGAGUUACUGUGCUGUGUUAGGUUAGGGGGCGCAAUGGUUAGGCGGUGUGUGGGGGCUGGACUGACGGGGCCCUGUGGGAGUACGAGCGGGUGUUUGGACCCGCGUAGUGUAUGUGGUGUGGGUCGGGGCUGGACUGAUGGCAACAUGGCAUGCACUGCUGGCGGGGGACAGGCGGAGGCGGAAUGGAAAGGUGCACUUCACGACUCAAGUAAGGGGGGCGUGCACAUACACCGCUACCAGGGGAAGAUGACUUUGCAGUUAGUGAGAGCUAGUGAGUUGCGAAAUGCAGGAAGCUGCUAGGAGCCUUCCUGCUGGUUGGUUGACCAAAAGUUGUUAGCACAAUGGUGCUCCGUUUGGGCUAUGCAUGUUAAAUUGGACGAGGGCUGAUGACUGCGUCCCUGCUGGCAGGUCCACGACCUGACAGACAAAGGAAGCUAUUGUAGUUUCAAAGGGG